AUGUUGUUGCCGCGGCUUUCGACGCUCUUGUGCCUGGCUGGCCUGACGGCUGUGCCCGCUGUCAAUGCAUAUGACGGGGAUGAGAAUGUUAAGAGCAUCCCGCUUCGAACUCACAGUCUCAAUGCCCCAUACUUGGAUUCAGACUUCCAAAGCCGCUGGUUCGAUUUUGGUGGUGAUACGGUGAUUCGUGCCGACAAAUACGUCCGCCUUACCGCGGACCGACCAUCGCAGCAAGGAUGGGUAUUCUCUCGCGUUCCUCUGACUGCGACAAACUGGGAGAUUGAGUUUGAAUUUCAGAUUCAAGGAGAGGGGAACUUACACGGCGAUGGCUUCGCUAUGUGGCUCACCAAACAGCGCGCGACACAGGGCCCCGUCUUUGGUUCAACAGAUAACUUCGAGGGUCUGGGAAUCUUCUUCGACACAUACAAGAACAACCGCCCCGGCACAUCCUUCCCGUACGUCAUGGCCAUGAUGGGUGACGGCAAAACCAGCUACGACCAAGCCCAUGAUGGUAAGGCGAACGAAUUGGCUGGAUGCUCUGCCCGCGGCCUCCGCACUACCUCGGUCCCCACCAAAGCCCGCCUUACCUACUUCCAAGACAAAUCCCUAACCCUAGACCUCCAAUACAAAUCCGAGGACACCUGGACAAACUGCUUUACGCUUCUGAGCCCCGAAACAAACAUCGCCAUCCCCUCUGUCGCAUAUCUCGGUUUCUCCGCCGAGACCGGCGAACUUAGCGACAACCACGACAUCAUCUCCGUCAAGGCCCAGAACCUAUACAACGUCGGUGGCUCCAAGGGCACCGGCGGCAGCGGUCCUUCCCGCAAACCCAACAAGGGUCAGGGUAGCAAGUCGAGGAAGAACCAGGAAAGUAGCUGGUCGUGGUUCCUGUUCAAGGUGUUCUUCUUCAUUGCCGCUUGUGUGGGUGGGUAUGUUGGGUGGACUGUAUACAGGUCUCGGACGAGGUAUUCGCGGUUCUAA